CGCAGCCGCUGCCGCAAAAUCGUUUUGGCAUUGUUUACGUUGCAGCUUUUAUUUGUUAGCUUUUUUUUGCGCUCAGUUUCAGUUUUCAGUUUUCUCGGCGCUUUCGUUGCGACAAGUUGUUGCUGUGUUUGCCCCAACACACAGCUGAAAAGCAAAACUGAAUUCGACAGACGCACAGAUUAGUUUGAUACCGUUUGUUGCAUUCGCAGCUGCUUAUUAAGCGCGAGCAAGACAAAAGUACAGUUAGGAAGAGAGAGCAAGAGCGAAACAGAGCUAGCCAGCGAGCGCGCGCAAAUUCGAGUGUCUGUUUUUGUUUUUCGUUCUGUUUUUUCUCAUUCUUUGCUGCGGCCAUUUCCUUUGAGUGUAAUGCGUUUGGCUGCCAUUGUAACGGUGCAGUGUGUCAGUGUUGCAAAGCGCUAGGAGCAUGGCUCGCAAGGAUGAUCCCGUGUUCAAUGUGAAAUUCGUGCAGCUGGUCGAGAAUCAGCCCUGCCUCUGGAACUAUACACAUCCGGGCUACAGCAAAAAGGAGGAGGUGCAAAAGGCCUGGCAACAUGUGGCCAAUGAAAUAAAGGACACAGUUCGGAAUUCGCGUGAGCGUUGGCGCACCAUUCGGAGUAGCUUCCUGCGAUCCCUGAAGCUGGCGCGCACCCAGACGGGCCGUGGCAAGCGCAAGUACUACUUGUCCAAGUAUCUGCAGUUUCUGAUACCCUACACAAAGUCGCGCGCCUGUCACAAGCAGCUGCCGCUCGCUGGGCAGCCGCCCAAUCCCAAUCCGAAUCCCAGCUCGAAUCUCAAUGCGAAUUCGAACUCGAACUCGAGCCCGAGCGCCGGCGGCAUGGUGCUGCGCAAGCCGAGCACCUCGACGACAACGGCGGCAGCGGCGGCCACGUAUCUGACUCGCAUUGGCCAGAUGCGACUCCUGGAGCAGCAUCAUCAUCAGCAGCAACAGCAGCAGGAGGAGGACACCAAAGACAGCAAUGGCAGCCACGAGGAUGAGGAGGAGGCGGCAGAGUCACACGACGAGCAGGACGACCACCAACCGCAGGAGGCAGCAGCAGGUCUCUCGCCCCUGCGACUGCAGGCCAUCAAAGUGGAGCACCAGCAGCACCAGCAACAGGGCACGGAUAAGAUUGUUGCUGCUGCUGUUGGUGCACAGCAUUCGCUGGUCACGUUGCCCGUUUCGAUGGCGGCGGCGCUGCGCAGCAACAUGGACUGGACGAUGGCCGAGUGGCUCAAAGGCAGCGCCAACCAGUUGCACUACAACAACAACACCGGCAGCACCAGCAACAACAACAGCAACAACAACAACAACAACAACAGCAGCAGCAGCAAUUGCAAUAAUCUGACAGCAACGCCACCAGGUGCAAGCACACCUGCGCCCGCUGCUGUGGCAGCGCCGGCGUCGGCAGCGUCAACACCUGGUCUGACGCUCGCUCAGCCCGACGCCGAUUAUUCGUUUUUAAUCAGCCUGCAUCCAUAUCUGAAAGAAAUGAGCGGCAAGCAGAAUCGUCGAUUUAGGCAAAAGGUCGUAGGACUCAUUGACAAUGUGCUGGACAAUUUGGAUGUUUAGCAAAAUAAAAAACAUAAAACAAACCAACAAAAACGUAAAA